GAUAAACAGAAAACAGUAGGUAUUUGAGUUUGAUCGGUCCACAGUUAUAUUCUCCGAAUGCACAAUCAUGGGGGAAUGGACGAUUCUCGAGCGUCUCCUGGAGGCGGCUGUCCAACAGCACUCUACUAUGAUCGGGAGGAUCUUACUGACAGUGGUGGUGAUCUUCCGGAUUCUUAUCGUGGCGAUAGUUGGGGAGACCGUGUACGACGACGAGCAGUCCAUGUUCGUGUGCAAUACCUUACAGCCGGGCUGUAAUCAAGCGUGUUAUGACAAAGCCUUCCCUAUAUCUCAUAUCAGAUAUUGGGUGUUCCAGAUCAUCAUGGUCUGUACCCCAAGUCUUUGCUUUAUCACAUACUCUGUGCAUCAAUCCGCCAAACAGAAGGAGCGGAGAUAUUCUACAAUCUACCUCUCACUAGAUAAAGAUCGAGAUUCAGUGAAACGAGAAGGUAUCAAAAAGUUAAAAAACACUAUCGUGAACGGAGUACUUCAAAACACGGAAAACUCUACCAAAGAAUCGGAGCCAGACUGUUUGGAAGUAAAAGAGAUCCCAAAUUCAGCCACGAGAACUGCGAAAUCUAAAUUGAGAAGACAGGAGGGUAUUUCAAGAUUCUACAUAAUCCAGGUCGUUUUCAGGAACGCGCUGGAAAUCGGCUUCUUGGUGGGUCAAUAUUUCUUAUACGGAUUUAACGUGCCUGCGGUGUACGAGUGUGAUCGGUACCCUUGUAUCAAAGACGUCGAGUGCUACGUUUCGAGACCCACGGAGAAGACUGUGUUUCUCGUCUUUAUGUUUGCUGUCAGUGGAAUUUGCGUGGUGCUUAACCUAGCGGAACUUAACCACCUGGGUUGGAGGAAAAUUAAAAGAGCGGUGAGGGGAGUGCAGGCCCGGAGAAAGUCCAUAUAUGAAAUCAGAAACAAGGAUUUAUCGCGGAUGACUAUGCCGAACUUUGGUCGGACGCAGUCAAGUGAUUCUGCCUAUGUCUGAAACUCCCGUUAUUUUAUUAGAUUAGGCUACAUAGA